AUGUCUGUUCAGGCCUUCUUUGACUUCUCCAGUAGUCUUCUGAGCCCCAAGUAUGUAGGGCUAUCACCAUUCUACGCGCCGAAAGAGUCGCGGCUUGACACGAGUCCCCCCGGUGUUCUCUCCUCCAUGUACGAGUACGCCAUGUGCACGAAGCGUUCACUCAACACGCGCAUCAUCGGAUUUGCCGAGCCGACGCUGCAGCAGUGCAUCGACGAAUUCACGCGUGAUUUGAAGGCCACCGCCCUUAUACAAGACAAGGAAGCGAUGUCGACGUUGCUGCGACAGCGGCGCGGCAUAGUCGAUCCGUCACAGCUGCCGUGGUCGCCAAGGCCCGAGUAUCUGGCCUGGCUGCGAGCUCAGGGUCGCCUUGACGAGGCCACGCUUUCAUGA